UCCCUGACUCUACGUUUUUAACAGACUCUUGGAGCCACACUUUAUUGUUGACUGAGUCUAUAAUUUUAGUUAGAGUGACAUUUUUAUAGCUGAGUGGUACACACCUUCCAGUCCACAAGGGGAAAAAAUCUUGUUUAACAGAAAAUGAGAGACACCCGCCAAAUCCCCAGAGCUUUUUCCACAUUGCCAGAGAAAUCUGACGCUUUGCUCCUCCCUUUAAAAAAAAAAAUAAGCCAACCCAAAUAAAUAAUAAUGAUUCGUUUCCCCAGCGGCCUUUUCCCAUGGUCCUUAGUCCCCUUUCCUCCGUCUCCACCCUCUCUGGCUUGCUUUAGUUCCGUGGGAGACUGGCUGGGGAGCGGGAGGUAGUUGCUUAGUCUCCUAGACCAAGUCCAGCUGCUGCUGUCCGGCGGCAGUAAAGAGCAGAGCAGAGCAGAAGAAGCAUAGUAAAGAUUGGAUUGCUUGCCUCCCUGCUCUUCUUCACGAUGUUUCCCAGUGCUUUAUCUGCCCGUACUGGCGUAUACUGGGAUAUACUGGGCUCUUCGGCACUACUGGACACAGCUCCAGGCUUUGGAAACCUGGGAAAGAGUUUCCUAAUUGAGAACUUGCUGCGGGCUAGAGACUCUCCAUCGUGUCUUCCAGCUCCUCCUCCCUUAGCUCCCUUAGCGGCAGCCACAGACACCACGGCGAAAAUGCCGGAGCAUCCCCUCCCUUCCAGCCCGUUACCCCUCAAAUUGUGCCUUGGAGGAGAACAAAUCGGGAGUCCUUAUCGGACUCAUUGGGCUUUUCAAGUGCUUAAUCCUUCGACUGACAGCAGUCAGCUGCCAGGCCUGGCUCGGGAAGACCAAGGUGGUGUCUUCCAACUCGCUGUCCCAGCUUCUUCCAAACUUUUUUUUCUGAGAGCCCCACAAUUCUACUCAACCUGCUGCGGUGGGUCCUGUCAGCACCCUGUGUCCCCCACUGCUUUGCCAAGAGAGGAUACUAUGUUGCCUCUACUGACACAGGAUUCUAAUUCCAAAGCACAAAGAGGAAUUUUAAGAAGAGCUGUAUUUUCUGAUGACCAGAGAAAGUCUCUGGAGAAAAUGUUUCAGAAACAAAAGUAUAUCAACAAAACAGACAGAAAGAAACUCUCCAUCAAUUUGGGACUAAAGGAGUCACAGGUGAAAAUUUGGUUUCAAAAUAGAAGAAUGAAAUGGCGAAACUGCAAAGAAAAAGAAGUACUUUCCAAUCAGUAUAUCAAAGAAGAAGGUUUUCAAGAGAAACAGAUUUCAAGAUCUACUCUAGGCUUUACAUCCUCUUGCCCCAGAAUAUGGAAAGUAUCUCAACAGCAUUCAAGUUCAAGAUGGAGGGAAAUUUCACCAGAACCUCCAGAAAAACUAAACCAUGAAAAUUCAUUGCAGCUACUUCCACAAGCAAAUUCCUAUCAUUCAUUGUAUUUGUACUCUGAAGUAGACACUAGAGAAAAGGAAGUUACUGCAGCCAUAUGAAAAAUAACUCAAAACUAUACAUUGAUUACAAAAGCAGAAAUUUGGAAUGGAUACUCUUUUUAAGCUAACAAACAAUACAGGAACACUAAAAACCAAUUAGACUUGUAUUUUAGCAGUAUCUAAGCUCUUAAUACCACUGGGGAAAAAAAUGUGAAAACUGUUGUUUUCAGAAUUACUUUCCAUUUUCUUUUGUUUUGUUGUUCUUAUUCUGUUUGUAGUGAUAUAGAAACUACAGGGAAAUAUAAAUGCAAAAUGAACCCCAAA